CUUUUUUUCUUUUUUCUUUUUCUUUUUUUCUCUUUUUUUUUUUUUUUUGGUAAGUGCCCUCUCCCCAAGUACAUCUAUAAAUAGACCCUUGGGUCGAUUCCUCGUAGCAUUUCUCGGAGCUCCUGCUCGAAUCCACAAAACCCUAAAAUUAGUAUCCGAAGUCCCCCUCCUCUCUUUGCGAUUUCGCCAUAUCUAGCGUUGUCCGGAGCUCGAGGUCGGGUCCGUACGUGCAUGGUGGAGAGGAGAGAUGGAGCAGAGGCGAUUCCUCGUAUCGGCCCUCGGCGUGGGGCUCGGCGUCGGGGUGGGGCUCGGCGUAGGGAAGUGGGCGGCGGCGGCGGCGCCGCCGCCGGGCGGGGCGGCGCCCGACGACGUGGAGGCGGAGCUGAUGAGGCAGGUGGUGGAUGGGAGGGAGAGCAAAGUCACCUUCGAUGAGUUUCCGUAUUACCUCAGUGAGCAGACGCGAGCUGUCUUAACAAGUGUGGCCUAUGUUCAUUUGAAGCAAACAGAAAUGUCCAAGUACACGCGAAACCUUACUCCUGCUAGCCGGGCUAUUCUACUUUCAGGCCCUGCAGAGCUUUACCAGCAGAUGCUUGCCAAAGCCCUUGCACAUUACUUUGAGUCCAAGUUGCUGCUGCUAGAUGUUCCUGAUUUCUCACUUAAGAUCCAGAGCAAAUAUGGUUUAUGCAACAAAGAUUUGUCCAAUAGAGGAUCCAUAAAGGAGGCGACAUUGGAGAAGAUGUCUGAUUUACUCGGAUCUUUUUCAAUACUUACUAAGAGGGAGGAACAAAAUGGAGUACUGCGAAGGCGAAGCAGCAGUGUGGAGUUAAGGUCAAGGGGUUCAGAUUGCACUGGCAAUGAACCUGUGCUUCGAAAAAAUGCCUCAGUUUCAACUGAUAUGAGCAGCCUCUCGCAACAAAACACAAGUAAUCCAGUUUCUCAUAAACGAAACAUCAGUUGGUCUUUUGACGAGAAAGUUCUUGUUCAAUCACUUUACAAGGUUCUUGAUUCAAUCUCCACAAGCAAUCCCAUUGUCCUUUACAUAAGGGAUGUCGAGAGCCUUCUGCAUAGAUCACAAAGGAUGUACAAUUUGUUUCAGAAAAUGUUGAACAAACUAUCUGGUCCGGUGUUAAUACUUGGUUCAAGGUUGCUGGAGCCUGAUAGUGAUUAUAAAGAUGUUGAAGGGAGGCUUAGCAUUCUAUUCCCAUACAACAUAGAAAUUAAGCCUCCUGAAGAUGAGACCCACCUUGUCAGCUGGAAAUCCCAGCUUGAAGACGACAUGAAAUUGAUCAAAAUUCAGGAUAACAGAAACCACAUCACAGAGGUUCUAGCAGCUAAUGAUCUCGACUGUGAUGAUUUGGGCUCAAUCUGCUUAGAGGACACUCUGGUUCUCAGCAAUUACAUAGAGGAAAUUAUUAUAUCGGCAGUCUCUCAUCAUUUGAUGAAUAAUAAGGAACCCGAGUACAGGAGCGGAAAGCUUGUUAUUUCUUUAAACAGCUUAUCUCAUGGAUUGAGCAUAUUCCAAGAAAGCAAGAAUUCUGGGAAGGAUACCCUGAAGCUGGAAGUGAAUAUUGAAUCAGGAGAGGAAGCCCCAAAGGAUGAUGCAGCUGCCACCAAAUCUGAGGGUACUAGUAAAGCAUCAACCCAUGAAAACAAAAGUGACCCAGAGAAGUCAGCAUCAGCAGUGGCUAAGGACAGCGAGAGUUCAUCUCUGCCAACAAAACCUCCUCAGGAGGUAGCUCCAGACAAUGAAUUCGAGAAACGGAUCAGACCAGAGGUUAUUCCAGCCAAUGAAAUUGGAGUGACUUUCGAUGACAUUGGUGCGAUGGACGAUAUAAAAGAAUCACUUCAAGAGCUAGUCAUGCUCCCUCUUCGCCGGCCCGACCUCUUCAAAGGUGGCCUUUUAAAGCCAUGCCGUGGUAUACUGCUGUUUGGUCCACCUGGAACAGGUAAAACGAUGCUUGCAAAGGCCAUAGCAAAUGAAGCUGGUGCAAGUUUUAUUAACGUGUCAAUGUCCACUAUCACAUCCAAAUGGUUUGGGGAGGAUGAGAAGAAUGUCAGGGCUCUGUUCACUUUAGCUGCAAAGGUUGCCCCUACUAUUAUUUUUGUGGAUGAGGUUGACAGUAUGCUAGGGCAGCGAACUAGGGCUGGGGAGCACGAGGCGAUGCGGAAGAUCAAGAAUGAGUUCAUGACUCAUUGGGAUGGGCUUUUGACAAAGUUGGAGGAGAGAAUCCUUGUUCUUGCGGCGACAAACAGGCCAUUUGACCUCGAUGAAGCGAUUAUUAGGAGGUUUGAGCGCAGGAUCAUGGUUGGCCUCCCAACUGUUGAGAGCAGGGAAUUGAUUCUGAAAACACUUCUAUCGAAAGAAAAGGUUGAGGAAGGGCUCGAUUUUAAGGAACUCGCGACUAUGACUGAAGGAUACAGUGGGAGUGAUCUUAAGAAUCUGUGUGUGACGGCUGCAUAUCGUCCUGUUAGGGAGCUGAUUCAGAAAGAAAGACAAAAAGAACUGGAGAGGAAACAAAAAACUGACAGUGGCGAGAGUGCCACGGAGGCUGCUGAAAGCAAGGAAGAUAAUGAAGAGCAGAAAAUCACCCUCAGACCAUUAAACAUGGAAGACUUGAGGCAGGCAAAGAGUCAGGUUGCUGCUAGUUUUGCUGCCGAAGGUUCUGUUAUGGGUGAAUUGAAGCAGUGGAAUGAUCUCUACGGGGAAGGGGGAUCUCGGAAAAAGCAGCAGUUGUCAUACUUCUUGUAGAACGCCGACCGAUCUACGUACAUUUGGACAUGUGGUUUGGCCCUUAAAAUGGCACUAGUUUACAUACACGCGGUUUUCUAGCAGAGUCGUUUCUUUCAUAUUACUAAGAACUUCUUCAUUCCUCUGUCGAAGACCACUUAUGAAUCACAAUCAUAUUGUAACAUUCUUUCUUAGCUCUCUCUCGCUCUCUCUCUCUCUCUCUCUAUAUAUAUAUAUAUAUAUAUAUUUGGUAUGUAGAUAUGUAUUUGUAUUUGUCAAUUAGAUUUGGCAUUUGGUUGUAUAAAUUUAUCCCUCCCAUUUGGUGGGGUAGUGUAUUUAGGUUGAAUGAAUCAUGAUUAUUCUCUUUCUCA